GGGAGGGUAAACACAUCAGGCUGAGCCAUCUGAACAGAAACAGGAACAAGAGCGUGAGACAUGAAGACAUGAAACUAAUCCUUCUUACUAAUCGCAGUGAACAGCAAGCCUGCAAUGAAGAGGAGAGGAGAUACACAAUUUGCGAGGAAAAUGCCUGAAGAAACAUGCACAAUUCAGCGGCCAGGGGACAUGGCAUACUAUCCCGUUCCUCUUUUCUUUCUUAUUAUGGCUCACAGCUGAAAACAGGAAUGCCUCAUGAUUCAUAAACCAAACACUUACACACAUGCUGGUCACUUUAUUUCAUUCUAAAGAGGAUUUAGUCAGGGUUUUAAGCCCUGUUGACUGAGGUGUCUUAUUCUGGAGGAUUUACAAAAACAAGCAGAGAUUUGGAUUUGUACAUGCUGACAGAAAUAUUGUCCUGGUGUCUGAGGGCUGCUUCCCAUCACUGGAUCAGUGCUCUGUGCAGGCUGCUUUUGUUGUGUUACUGACUGACGUGCCCACCCUUUUAACUGGGGCUGCUUCAUUUCGGUAUGGUCUUGUCCUGGUCCAUCAUAUACCACACCUUGGGAAGAAACAGCAUGGAAGGUUAGGAGAGCAGCUACAAGCAUGGGAGCCAAACAGAUGAAAUGUCUUAGCUCAUCCAGCCCGACACACACGCCUAAAGAGGAUUACAUCAUCGGCCAGGCUGAAGAACAGGGAGAGAUUGUGGGAAACCACACAGAGCAACCGCAAAGCCUAAAUGCAGAUGCAGUAAAAUUGUCAUUCAAUGAGCCAACUCCAGGACCUGAGAACACUGGGACAGGAGAUGGGAGCUCCUGGGAGGAGCAGCUUUGUGUCCAGCAGGAGCAGCUGGAGAAGGAGAUGCAGGAGACUAGGAAGAUGGUGACAAGGCUUCAAGCUUUACUACUUCAUGGGUCACUUCCUGAAGAUGAGCAAACAACUUCUCUAUUUGGAGACAGUGCUAUCAAUGCAGAGCAGCAGCUGAUAUUAAUUCGCAGUCGCCUCGAUCAGAGCAUGGAAGAGUCCCUGGAUCUGAAGAGGGAGUUGCUGAGGUACAAGCAGGAGGCACGCAAUCUUCAGGCAGUUAAGGAUGCCUUGCAGUACCGCAUGUCAAUACAGGAAGACUCAGUACUGCAGCUUAAACAGGAACUACUCCGAUCCAGCAUGGACAAGGAGGACCUAGAAGGGCAGAAUAUGGAACUGCAAAGGAAGCUAAGUGAUAGAGACAGAUUGCUGAGUGAAUACAAAAAAGAACUUGCACAGAAAGACAGACAACUUCAGCAGCAUCAGCCUAAACUGGAGGAGUCAGUGUGCACACUCAAUGAGACUAAUCAUCACAGGAUGUCUAGUUGUAAAAACAAUGGCUACAGCCAUAUGAUGGAAACAUUGUCUUCACCAUUUCCACAUGGAGUGGGUGAUGAGCUGCAGCUGGUGCGGGAUGCUCUGCGCACUCUGAGGAACAGUUUCAGUGGUCAUGACCCACAGCACCACACACUGGACACUCUGGAGCAGGGGGUGUCCACCCUGAUAGACCGUCUCCAUUCUAUUGACUCUAAGAGGAGGCAGGACAGAAAGGGUUCGAACAAAUCGCCAGGGAGAAGAGCCAAUCACACUGAUCGAGAGUCAUGGCCACCUAGUUCAAAAAUACCCCAUUCUCACAGUAGUCCUGUGCUCGGCUCCUCAACCUCAACCAAAGUACUCUAUUUCACAGAUCGCUCUCUCACACCCUUUCUAGUAAACAUCCCUAAAAGACUGGGGGAGGUCACACUUCAGGAUUUCAAGGCCGCUGUUGGAAGACACAGCAAUUUCAGGUAUCACUUCAAGUCUCUGGACCCUGAGUUUGGAACAGUGAAGGAGGAGGUAUUCCAGGAUGACGCUAUAAUACCUGGAUGGGAAGGGAAGAUCGUUGCCUGGGUGGAAGAAGACCAUAGUGAAGGCAGGUAACUGAAGACAGAAGAACAGCCUGUGAUCUGGGAAUUGUAAUCUGCCCAAUGUGUUCAUUUUAUACGUGUGUAUACCUCAGCUCUACACAAAUCUGCACCAUGUCAUCCCAUAUAAUGCAAUGGUCCAUUUUUGUGUGACAACUGAUUGUAAAAACUGUUUACAAAAUCAUUCCUGACCUUCCUCUGAUUGUAUUAGUACUACGACUGAUAUUUUUUUGGAAGACAUCUUUAUAUAGUGUUUAGAAAAGACACUAUUUUAAAGGAUGCUAGACAUAGUAUGCAGAAAUGACUAUAUGUUAGCUGCCAACCUAUUUGCUAAAUGAACAUACUAAGUACUAAACCUAAGUAUUCACCCCACUUGUACCCCACAUUUACAACCUGGAACUGAAAGGACUUAAUUGGGAUUAUAUGUCAUUACACAAAAUAGCAAUAAUAUUGGAGUGAAUGGAAAAAUCAAUAUAGUUUGCAAAAAUAUUUACAAAUAAAAAAUGUAAUUGAAUAAGUAACCCCCCACUAGUGUGCAACUAAAUUAAUUCUAUUGCAACCAGUUGCCACAAUGGAGUCCACAGAUUUUCCCUCUCACUUCAGUAUUAUGGGUUAUUUUACGUAGAUUAAUGACAUAUAAUCCCAACACUACAAAAUGUGGAAAAGGUCAAGGGGGGUGAAUACUUUAUCAAGCCACUGUAUCAUCAAAUGUGUUUCAUGUCACAGCUUCCAAUGUCAUGUUAGAGUACCUUGCUGAAGGCAUUAAUUCCUACAAUUAAUACCUUUUUUUUUUUUUUUUUUUUAAAUCUAAAGUCUUUUUAGAUUUCAUAUUUUUGUUAUUCUAUUAUUUGAAAUCACUGGUGAUUCUGAAAUGUGAACCUAAAAGUAGGAAAGAUGGGACCACUUCAUUUGUAAAAAUUUCUAUAAUUUUAAUACAAAAUAUGUUUCUGAAAAUAAUUUUCUGUAUAGUGUGCAUGUUUGUCCAGUGUUUUUAUCCAUGUUAAAUGAAACAUCCAAUAUUUGUCCACCAUGUUA